GGAUUAAAAUUUGUACACAUGUUUUGAUACAGUUUAGUCAGUUUGCAAAAACGUGGUGUGAACCCAGCCUUAGUUAUUCCAGCAUAAGCCGUCAUCUCUUUUGCAGCGUCCUGAUGUGGCCGAUUGGACUUUGCUUACAGCAGGGGAUUAUUAUUUUUGGGAUUAAUCGCUCUCUCCAGCUGCAGAAUGGAAGUGAAGGUGGAUGCUGUGAUCUGAGGCCCCGCAGUGCUUUGUGAAGUGCACCCCCUGCAGAGUUCCUGGCACAACCCGAGCUCACCUUGCCUUUGGACUCUUGUCGUUCUUCGCCGAGAAUCUGUAGACAGUAAGAGAGGGCAAUGUUCAACAAGCUUAAGAAUAAGCUAGCAGAGGAGGCAGCCAAAGCUCCUCGGCCUGGGGGUGCUGCCCGCAUCCCACGCUCCAUCAGCAAGGAGUCCAUCACAUCUGUUGGGGCUGAUUCUGGGGAUGACUUUGCCUCCGACGGCAGCAGUUCUCGUGAUGAUUUGCCAUCACAAAUUUCCAGAAGGAAUGAUCAGAUUCGUAGACUGGAAGCCAAAUUAUCAGAUUACGCAGAACAGGUCCGAAACCUACAGAGGAUGAAAGAAAAACUUGAGCUUGCUUUAGAAAAGCACCAGGAUUCAUCGAUGAGAAAAUUUCAAGACCAAAAUGAGAUGUAUCAGUCGACCCGAGCCAAGAUGGCCGAAGAGUAUGCUCUUGCUCUUGAAAAGAAAGACCAGGAAUGGCUGGUGAAGAUUGCAAAUCUAGAAGAGGAAAAGAAAAAACUUUUAGACCAGUUGGAAGUUAUGAAAAAACAGAGUAUUUCUUUGUUCCAAAAAAGAGAAGAUCUUGAUGAGUUGGAAGUUUUUCAGCAGCAAGAAAUGGCAAAAAUUAAACACAUGCUGUUAAAGAAAGAAGAAUUGCUGAGUAAAGCUGAAAAGGAUUUAGAGCUUAAACAGAGAGAAGCAGAGACUUCUCAGGCAGAGCUUCAGGACAGCCAGCGCCUUUCAGAUAAACUCAAGAAGGACCUUCAGCAACUCCAGGAGGAGCACUCCGAGCUGGAAGAGCAAAGGGCAGAACUGGCAGCAGCUCAGGAAGCGGCAGAAAAGAAGAUUACAGAACUGGAACAGAGACAGCAAGAACUCCAGAACUUUAUCCAGCAGCUGUCCCGGGACUUGCAGAAGUCUGGAGGAUGUCCGGGGAAGCUGUUGCCCCAGGCGCAGUCUGGAGCCUUAAGCAGUGAGAAGAGAUUGACUGAUAUUCAGGAGGAAUAUGAAGCUCUAAAGCUGCAGCAUGAACAGCUGAAAUCCAAGAUGGCAGUAGAAGCAGAAGAAAAGGAUGCCUUAAUUGUUCGUUUACAAGAAAAAGUCAGUUCGCUGGGGAAGACGCUUGAAGGAACUUACUCUGGAGAGGAAGGUCUGCAAGAACUUCUUAAGGAGAAAGACGCUCUAGAAACCAGACUAAAUGAGACCAGACAACAGCUUUUGGAGACCAGGACGCUACAUGUGGAUACAGUCACUCAGAUGGAAUCGCAGACAGCGAAAAUGAACAGCAGGUUACAAGAGAUGCAGGAUUUAUUACAGCAGAAGGACACGGAGUUGAACCAGUUCAAAGAUGAAAAUUCCUUAAAGUUCCGGGAUCUUGAGAAGACAUUACAGACAAUCAGAGAACAGCUACAAGCUCGAGAAGAGGAGCUGAAGCAGAAAGAGGAGCAGAUCACUGUGUGUCAAUCGGAGCUAAAGUCUGAGACAGAUAAGCUAACACAUCAGCUACACAGCGUAAGACAGCAAUGUGUGGAGAAGGUGGAUCGACUGGAAGCCCAGGUCUCCGCUCUGGAAAGUGCCCGAGAAAUUGACAGGACAUCUGCGCAGCACAAUAUUAGUCAGAUGGAACAAGAAAAUGAGACUCUACAGGAAAGAAAUAAAGAUUUGGAAAAUAUGCUGAAAAGGCUUGAAGCUGAUCAGGAGAAGAUGAAGGAGGAGCUGAGUAGUAGAGAGACUGUAAGUGUGGAGAUCGCUAAAGCUUUAGAAGAAACACGGAAGCAGAAAGAAGAUCUUCAGCAGCAGGUUGUAGAUCUGAUUGCUUUGAUUGAGAACAACACCCAGGAGAUGUCUCUAAAAAAAGAGGAGCUGGCAAGAAAAGAUGAAGAGGCUGCACUACUGAAAGGAGAUUAUGAUGCCAUUGUAAUAAAAAUGCAGCAGUUACAGUCUGAUCUGGAAACAUAUAAAACUAGAGCAGCUCAGAGCGAAGAGUCUGCUGAGAAACGUGUAAGAGAUGUUAAGGCUCAGCUGCAGGAGCAGAAGGAGGCUCUGCUGGCAAGUGAGACACAGGUCUCCUCCCUCCAAGAAGAAUUCUCUACUCUUCAUGAACGUCUGCAUGGCACACCCGCCCAGGAGCCCAAUGGAGAGGUGACAGUAGGGGACAUUGCACAGCUCCAGAAGGAGAAUAGGGAAAUGGAGCAACAGAUUGCUGAAAAAAAUAAGACUAUUAAACAACUUCAGCAGAGAAUGGCCGAACUGAAGAAGACCUUGCAAAAAGAGCUGAGAUUGAAACCAGAAUCCGAGGAGAAGCUGAAUCCUCCAGACCCAUCAGCCCCCUCCUUCACCGUGACCAACAAUGCAGAUCUCAAUGACUCUCGGGAGAUAAACUUUGAGUAUCUAAAACAUGUUGUACUAAAGUUUAUGUCUGCUCGGGAAACAGAGGCAUUUCACCUUAUUAAAGCUGUAUCAGUAUUGCUCAACUUCUCAGUGGAAGAAGAAAAUCUACUAAAGGAGACGCUAGAAUAUAAGAUGUCUUGGUUCGGUUCCAAGCCGUCUCCAAAGGGUACAGCCCGUCCCUCGAUCUCCAAGCCGAGGACGCCCUGGUCUUAAGUGCACAGACUUCUCGGAACUUUUUUAAACCGCACUUUCUAUGAAAAUGACAUUGAUGCCGGAAGGUUUUGGUGCGUUCUAACCACUUUCCCUUACUGUGUGUUCUAUGAGCUUUUCCUGACUUCACAAUCCGGGUAUCUCGGUGGUGACUUACUAUGGUCUGGGUGGAUGAUUGAUAUUCACUCAACCAGCACAGAGAAAUGACAACCUCAAACCACUGUACAUAUGAUCCUAUGCAAUGGAAGACUUCUGUACUGUUCCUUUCCUGCACAUGAGCUGCAGCUGAGCAUUACACUCCAUUAUUGGCCCAAUUUUCAGAUUUCAGAGCUGCUAUCAUGGUGUUUUCUAGCCGGCAACACUGAACUUGAAGGAUUCCUGCAUCUCGACUCUUUUUUUCUUUCAUCUUUUUAAGGGCUUUUGCCGGGAACAGAUGAGAAGCAGUUUCAUGGCGCAGGGUAACUUAAUGGUGUUUUAUGGGGUAGUGCUAUUGUGGGCAUUUCAAUUCCAUCCUUCCUCUCUAAGAUGUUAGUAUGCAAAGUCUCUAACUUAUAAUUUUAUAUAAAAGAGAAUCUUCAGCUUUAAAUGAAAACCUCUGCAAAAAAUUGUUGGUAACGGUGAUGGCGGUAGCAAAGUAGUUUUCAUUCCAGCAUCUUGGCCAACAAUUGCUCACAAUUUUUAAUAGUUGUAACCUGUAGGAAAUAUUAGAGUUUAAAUCCUAAUGUUUUAAGAUGUAGGUUUUCCUUUCUACUUGACCUAUUAACAGUUUAUGAUUACAUUUUACCCUAGGGGAUAGAAUCUAUGCUAAUUGCUGCUCCAGGAGACUGGAUCCCCCCCCCCCCCCCUUAAAAAAAAGAAAAAAUUAUUAUUAACUAGAGGCAAUUGAAUUGCAUGUUAUGUAUUGUUCCAUAGUGUCACAGCUAAUCUCAGGUUUAUUCCCCAUCAUCUAUAUAAGGUGAAGAUAGUUGGAUAUCUCUGUGUCGUAUACCUUAUACAUGACUUUUCAGGUAUAACAUUGCACAAUUCUACUUGUCCUGAUCACCUUAAAGGGGUAUUCCGGCCUUAUACAUCUUAUCCCCAAUCCUUUGGAUAGGGGAUAAGAUGUAAGAUCGCAGGGGUCCUGCUAUUCUUCACACAGUGUGGAUGAAAACCCACAGAGUUAAAAAGUAUAAAGAGGAUCUGUGACCUUCCCAGACAUUUAGAUUUUUUUUUACUACCCCUCCCUUGAAAGCUUAGUCAAUUCCCAAGAUAUGAAGGUUUUUGUACCCCAUCUGUCAGCGAAUCUGUGCCCUUCAUUUCCAGUACAAUGUGUGCGAGGGUCAGUGAUUUACAUAAGGGGGUAUACUGUGCACUGAGCUGCUCCCAUGUCUCCCUUCGUAUCGCUGCUCCCGUGCCUCCCUCUUCUUAUCACUGCUUCCCUGCCUCCUUCUUCUUAUCACUGCUCCCCUGCCUCCCUUUGUAUCGCUGCUCCCCUGCCUCCCUUUGUAUCGCUGCUCCCCUGCCUCCCUGCGAUACGCUGCUCCCCUGCCUCCCUGCGAUACGCUGCUCCCCUGCCUCCCUGCGAUACGCUGCUCCCCUGCCUCCCUUUGUAUCGCUGCUCCCCUGCCUCCCUUUGUAUCGCUGCUCCCCUGCCUCCCUUUGUAUCGCUGCUCCCCUGC